AUGGUUAGCAGACAACCGGAGUAUCACAAUGAGGUUCACGCCAGCUUUCACCAGCUCUGCACAAGGACGAAGGACCGGGGGAGAACGCUGUCGUUUCUGUCGUCGUCGAGGAGGAAGAAAGAGGAACAGGAACAAAGAGAGCUUGAGCUCGAGCUGGAGACAGCGAAAGAAGAACAAGACGUAUACUCCAAAGACGAGCAGGAGAUUGUCCGACCUCAUGCGCCGACGUGGGAUUCGGACAGUGACGAUGACUACGAGAAUACUAAACGGCCGAUGCGUGGACUCGAUCGCCGCGCGUUUGACUACCGUGAAUUCAAAAAUGAUGCAAUCGUUUGGUUCGAGCAGAUUCGUAAUCUCCGUAAAAUUCCGCACCUUAAAGUGGGUUCACAUCAGUCUGUAGCAUUCCAACUUCCAUAA